AUGAGCCACGGCGUCAAGAGCACCCACGGGAGCGACUACAUGCGCACCCCGCGCGGCACGAUCACCGAGGACGAGUACCAGCAACUCAACCGGCGCUCGUGGGCGAGUUUCACGAAGGACGGCGAGCGCAUCCUCCUCGACGUCAAGACGGGCGAGUACUGGGUCGUUGACGCGGCCUGGGCCGCGCGGGAAGACACCAAGCGCGCCGAGUUCGAGGGCGAACAUCCCGAGCAUGCUGCGCUGCUGGCACAGCAGACGGCUGCGUUUGCCGCACUGAGCGAUGAGCAGAAACGACAGCUCGCGGCGCGAAUGAUGGCCGAGCCGGAUCGCACCGACUGGAGUGAGGUGCACGAGGAGUAUGGGCUGCUCGUGCCGCAGGACGAGACGCCGGUACUGUCGAUCAACAUGGAUGCGUCGUCGCGGCCGCAGCCUUGA